AUGUCCAUUGAAAUCGAAUCAGAAGACGUCAUUCGACUCAUUCUUCAGUUCUUAAAAGAGAACAAGUUUGAUCAUGCACUUUCUACACUCGAGGAAGAGACAUCAAUUACACUAAACACAAUGGACAGCAAGGAUGCAUUUGUACAAGACAUUGUUCAAGGUCGCUGGGAUACUGUACUGAAGCAAGUAGCGAAAUUAAAGAUCGCACCCAGAAAACUAUUAGAUCUCUACGAGCAGGUAGUCCUUGAGCUGGUCGAGAUGCGCGAGAUUAGUGCUGCAAGAACACUUUUAAGACAAACCGAACCAAUGGAAAUAUUGAAGAACCAACAUCCCGAACGUUAUCUUCACUUGGAACACGUCAUGUCACGCACUAUCUUUGAUACCAAAGACGCGUAUCCGCAUGGAAUGACUAAAGAGAAGAGACGACAAAUAAUUGCACAGGCAUUAACCGAUGAGGUUACUGUGGUUCAGCCUUCUCGCCUGUUGUCGUUGUUAGAUCAAUGUGCAAAAUGGCAGCAACACCAGGGACUUCUGCCGCCUGGAACAGAAUUUGACGCUUUUAAAGAUUCGGCAACUAUCCAAACAGAACAGGAAGAUGCAUUUGCCUCAAAGCAAUACAGCAAGAUUAAGUUUCCAGGCACCGGGACAUAUGCUGAAUGCACUGCAUUUUCUCCUAAUGGUCAAUAUCUUGUUACUGGAUCUGUUGAUGGAUUUAUUGAGAUUUGGAAUUAUCUAAACGGAAAAUUGCGCAAAGAUCUUAAAUAUCAAGCAGAAAAUUCUCUUAUGGCUAUGGAUGAAUCUGUAAUUUGCCUCAACUUUAGUAAAGAUACUGAAUUAUUGGCAUCUGGAUCUACAGAUGGAAAGAUUGCAAUAUGGAAAGUACAAUCAGGCUAUUGUCAACGCCGAUUUUCUCCUGCUCACAGCCAAGGUGUUACCUCAGUCUGCUUCAAUAAGGAUGGGAGCCAAAUAUUAAGUGGAAGUUAUGAUCAAACCAUAAAGAUCCAUGGCACCCGGUCAGGGAAGGCAUUAAAAGAGUUCAAGGGGCACACUUCUUUUGUAAAUUCAGUACUAUAUUCAACCGACAAUUUGCAUAUAUUCAGCGGAAGCAGUGAUGGUACUGUCAAGGUUUGGAAUAUUGAUACAGAAACCUGUCUUCACACCAUUGAAUGCGGAUCAACAAACCACCCACUCUUAGCAGUACAAUCCUUAGUCUUAUUACCAAACGUUACAGACCAAGUUCUGAUUUGCAACAAGAGCAAUACACUCUCUAUACUAUGUGGAGAUGGGACGAUUAGCAAGAGAUUUUCUCAUAACAUAAAGUCUGGUUCUGAUUUUGUUGCUGCUGCGAUAUCACCCCAAGGAGAACUUGUGUAUGGUCUAGGUGAAGAUUAUGAAUUGUAUUGCUUCAAUGCAUCAACAGGGAUUUUGGUAGGAAAUCUCAAAAUUGCUGAUACCGAGGCAAUUGGACUAGCUGGCCAUCCUUUCUCUAACGUGCUCGCCUCCAAUGACGACGCAGGAAAUAUUUAUCUUUUGAAAGCAUAAAUGUCUAUAAUAAACCCAAGUCAUUCGACAU